ACAGAUUCAGCCAACCCGCCCAGAUUCACAACAGCAUAGGUCAGUAAACUUUACAAAAACCCUAACACACACCGAGUCGCCAUUUCACCCGCCGUGAGCACAAAAAAAGCUCAGUUUCCCUCAUCAAAGAAUCCUACUCUCUUCUUACUUCUCCAAUUUCAAGCCAUGGGUGAGGAAGUUAAGGGAGCUGUUCCAGUUCCAGAGUCAGUGCUGAAGAAGCAAAAGAGGAGUGAGGAAUGGGCCCUUGCAAAGAAACAAGAGCUUGAAGCUGCAAAGAAGAAGAGUUCCGAGAACCGGAAAUUGAUCUACAACAGAGCUAAGCAGUAUGCUAAGGAAUAUGAGCAGCAGGAUAAGGAGUUGAUUUGCUUGAAGCGCGAGGCUAGAUUGAAGGGUGGUUUCUAUGUUGACCCUGAGGCAAAGUUGUUGUUCAUCAUUAGGAUCCGUGGGAUUAAUGCUAUGCCCCCACAGACCAAAAAGAUUUUGCAGCUUCUACGGUUGAGACAGAUCUUUAACGGUGUCUUUUUGAAAGUCAACAAAGCUACAGUGAACAUGCUUCACAGGGUUGAACCUUAUGUUACCUAUGGUUAUCCUAACCUGAAAAGUGUUAGAGAAUUGAUCUACAAGAGAGGUUUCGGGAAAGUUGACAAGCAGAGAAUUGCUUUAACUGACAACUCUGUCAUUGAGCAGGUGUUGGGCAAACAUGGAAUUAUCUGCAUGGAAGAUCUAGUCCAUGAGAUCUUGACCGUCGGACCCCAUUUCAAGGAGGCUAACAACUUCCUAUGGCCAUUCCAGCUUAAGGCACCUUUGGGUGGACUCAAGAAGAAAAGGAAUCACUAUGUUGAAGGAGGUGAUGCUGGUAAUCGCGAGAACUAUAUCAAUGAACUUAUUAGGAGGAUGAACUAAGUCAUCUGGCAAUUUUGCUUUGUUAGGAGUUAUUUCAUCUCAUCUUUUUAGACCAUUCUGGGUUAUUAGAGUAAAAACAGCUUCAGAUUUUCUGCCUUCAUUUGAGACUGUUUAGAAUUAUUAGAAUAUACGACAAUAUUUUUGGUUUCUCCCCAGGGAGCUUGUCUUUGUUGAAUUACAAUCCCUAUUUAGUUUUUGAAGUUCUUGUGCUUCGGUGCCUUGAA